AAUGCAGGUAGGAGCCAAUGCCGAUGUUCAAUGUUCUCUCUGAGAUAAAAAGAUCUAGUUUGCGCAGAGAAAUCCUAAGCUCUCCGCUGACCAUUUCAUUGAAUGGAAAGCUUUCUGGUUAGCAUAAGGAUAUCUCAAUAGCUUUAUAGACACGUAUAUGAAUGCAUAUAGGGCUGUGACUAAGCCAUACCUUGGACACAUGAUGAUGGAUACUUUUCCCUUUCCGGGAAAUGCGGAGGUGCGCACUUUCUUUCCUCCUUCCGUCAUUUCUGUUCGCAAUUUAUCCCCUCGCAUUCUGUAUCAACUCAAUAUUACUGGAGGACCAUUUUCAUGGUUGAUCAUUAUCUAUUGCCACUUAUCUCAUGGUAGGUCAGACCCCUCAUCUAUGCUUCGGAACGAAAUACUGAGACUAUGGAAAGCUGGGCUAAAUGACUUUAGACGAUUUACGACGUACUGCCGCUUUUGAUAUGGCAUGUUCACAUGAAGGGAGCAUCUACCUUACAUCAUGGGGCACGUGCCUACAUCUCGGGCUACUCCGAUGCUACAUA